ACACACACACACACACACAAGUGUCUGUGUACACCGCGUACACACACAGCAAGAAGAGAUGGCGGGGUCGCUCGGCAGUUACUCGAUUCCUUUACUGGGAACCAGCAUCUUCAUCGCGACUCUGACCUACCUGACCUACUGGCUGCUCAGCGACUACCUGCACAAAUGGUUCGCCAUGAAGCCGAUCCCGGAGGCGGCGGGGACGUAUCCCUUCAUAGGAAAUGCCCUGCAGUUCAAGGCCGACUCCGGCGAAUUCUUCCGUCAAAUUGUGGAUUUAACCCGCGAGUUCAGAGAUGCGCCGCUCUUCAAACUCUGGCUUGGAACGCUCCCAAUGGUGAUUCUGUUUCACGCGGAGACAGUCGAGCCGAUUCUGACCAACUCUGUCCACAUGGAGAAAGGCUAUGCAUACAAAUUCCUCCACUCUUGGCUUGGAUACGGCCUUCUCACAAGCACCGGGAGCAAGUGGCAUCAGCGGCGGAAGAUGUUGACCCCGACCUUCCACUUCUCUAUCCUGACGGACUUCUUGGAAGUGAUGAACGAGCAGGCGGAGAUUCUGGUGAAGAAGCUGGAGAAGCAGGCGGGGAAGGGCGAAUUCGACUGCUUCAGUCACAUCACCCUGUGCGCCCUGGACAUCAUCUGUGAAACUGCAAUGGGAAAGAAAAUCUACGCCCAGAGUCAGUCGGACUCGCAGUAUGUGAAGAGUGUGAACAAAAUGACUGGCAUCGUGAGCCGCAGACAGAGGUCGCCGUGGUUUUGGUCCGACUUUGUAUACAAAUACUUCGGCGGGGGCCGGGAGCACGACGAGACGCUCAAGGUCCUCCACUCCUUCACGGACAAAGUGAUAAAAGAAAGAGCGGAGACCAUUUCCGACACCGACGAGGAAAAGGACUCUGAAGACGGCACAAAGAAAAGACGGGCCUUCCUGGACAUGCUCUUGAAGACCACGUAUGAGGAUGGCACCAGAAUGAGCCAUCAGGACAUCCGGGAAGAAGUGGACACCUUUAUGUUCAGGGGACACGAUACGACGGCGGCCUCUAUGAACUGGGUGGUACAUCUGCUGGGCGCCCACCCCGAGGCGCACGGCAAGGUUCAACAAGAGCUUCGGGAGGUGUUCGGUGAAUCCGACCGGCCCGCCAACAUGGAGGACGUGAAGCGGCUGAAAUACCUGGAGUGUGUGAUCAAGGAGGCCCUGCGACUGUUCCCCUCGGUGCCUUUCUUCUCCCGCAGCAUCGGGGAAGACUGCCACAUCAAUGGUUUCAUGGUCCCCAAAGGUGCCAACGCCAUCAUCGUGACCUACGCGCUCCACCGCGACCCGCGAUACUUCCCCGAGCCCGAGGAGUUCCGGCCCGAGCGCUUCCUGCCAGAGAAUUCCGUGGGAAGGCCUCCGUACGCGUACGUCCCCUUCUCCGCCGGACUCCGCAACUGCAUCGGUCAACGUUUCGCACUCAUGGAGGAAAAGGUGGUCUUGGCGGCCAUUUUGCGCAACUUUAACAUCGAAGCUUGUCAGGAACGUGAAGAUCUUCGGCCGGUGGGUCAACUCAUCCUGCGACCGGAGAACGGCAUCCGGAUCAAACUGGAGAAGAGGAAAACCCAAACUUAAUCAAAUCAGAAGGGUUCUGCUAAUUUAAUCUUCCUUUGUGAUCUCUAUUCAAAGCACAUCCUAUUCAGUGUAAUGUCUCCUAAAUGCCCUCUCAAGGUUCGUGGAGAACAGCGACCUUGGUGUUUAAUUUGAUCAUCUUGUCAUCAUUAUAGUCUUCAUAAAUAAAGAAACUACGCCGUGGGAAAUUGCGCCGUGAUUAACUAUUCUGGCCCGACAACUCUGCACUUUUGUUCUGCCCAGAGAGCGUUGAAACAUAACUGCACGAAAAGGUUUCGCAAUAAACAGCUAAGAAAUGAU